AUGACGGGGAGCCAGAACUCCAUGGAGCCCAGAAAAUACCAUCUACUGGUGUGGGUUUUUGUGUUGUUCUUUAGUGUACCUUACCGUAAGCAUGAAGCAGAACAGCCUCAAUUUUCAGAUGUUCCUCAGCCAAAACAAGAUCCUAAAUCAAAACAAAAAUCAGUGCCUUUGGAAGCAGGAAUAUUGCACCCGUCACCCAUGGAACAGUUUGAUUUUGCCCCUGCAGCUGAUCCUGGUGCCCAAUAUGUGCUUCCUGUGCUUGGGGAGGUGCCCCCUGGAGAACCCCCUGAUCCAAAAACUUGUUCUCCUCGACAAUAUUUAGAGUUUUACAUAUUCCCUGUGCUCUUACCUGGACUGGCUGCCCUGCUGCAUGAAGUAGAGAAGGAGAAGUGUUUUGAGGGAAAAAGAACCAAAUUUAUUGCCUCUGAUUUCCUAACUGAGUGGUUAUACAACAAGAACCCAAAGAAGAAAGAUGAGUCAUUCACAGAAUUGUUUUCCAUUCCUUUUGUUAAGGACUGGCUAAAGGACCAUCCUAGACCACCAGUUCCUCUGUCUCUAAUUCUCUCAGAAGAAGAAGCAAGCCUCCUGAUUCAGUCCUUCUGGAGAGGUUAUCGGGUGCGUUGUGACAGUGAAAUACAAGAGCUGCGUCAGUGGCAAAAGAAGCUGAGAGAGGAGAGACACAUCACUAGGAUAGUGAGAGAAUUCUGGGCUAAGCAGGAAGCCAAAGGUGAGAGAAUCCAAUUGUGGGGGGUUUGGUGUAUUGGUUGGGUUGUUUGUUUGUUUGUUUGUUUGUUUGUUUGUUUUUACAUUGUGUUGAAUUUUUAUUUGAGUUGUAUUAAAAAUAGGCCACACAGCAGGACACAAAAUCCCGAGUGGGAAG